GCCCCCGCCAGCCGGGAGCAGGCACCGCCCUGCCCGGGGAGGGACGGCCGCCCGAGCCCUUGCCGGCACUGACCGGGGGGCCGGCGCGUCCCGCCGCCCGUCUGGCGCGGACCGGGCUUCCCGCGUCCCCGAGGGAGCUGCUCGGCGGGUGCGGCAUUGGCCUGGGUGAGACUUCAGGGAUCAUCUGAGCCAGCCUUUUGCUUUGAAGGAGAAAUAGUUUACCUGGAGAUAUAUAUUUAGACUAUUCACAAACUACCUACUGAAGGAGAUUUCAUCUCUUCCCAAGUCUUGUGCAGGAAAAGGUGGAUGAAUGAUGACUUACUUCAUGGUUCUGGCAGUACUGAUCCUCCUGAGGACUUGCCACACCACAUAUUCACAGCAAGAAUCCAUCCUGUUUCCAGUAAAGCACCUUAACAUUUCCAAGGAUUUGGCUCUUCAGCGACUGCUUGUGGAAUGGGAUGUUGACAAGUCAGCGCAUGAUGCUGAGCUGGUGAUGUCUUUUGAAAUACAAGUCCGUCGAACAGAUGAAACCACUACUGUGUGGACAGAGUUUCAUAAUGUCACACUUGAUAAAUCAGGAAAGCCUCUUCGUUGGGUAUGGGAUUCAGACUUACCUUUGGAGUGUAUGUCACACUCAGUGAGAAUCAGGAGCAGAACAGAAGCAUCAAAAAUCUGGAGUCAGUGGAGUCGGUGGGAGACUGUCCUGGCCCUGGACACUUCAAAUAACAGUGAACCACAAAUCUUUCCAAAUGAAAAAAUUGUAGAGGAAGGUUCUGAUAUCACUCUGUGUUGCAUUGGGAGGAAAGGUCAAAUCAUUAAGGAAUUCUUCGUAGUCCCAGCUGUUCAUGUUUUCAAUCACACAAAUGGUCAAGUCAGACUUAUCACUGUGAAAAAUGUGGCACAUCAAGAGAUGCCUCACAUCAGCGUCUACUGUCAAGAUUCUUGCAACGAAGAGCAGUGCUAUGAUCAUGCAGUUUUCUUUGUGGGUAAACCACCUGAUACACCUAAUGAUUUUUCCUGCCAAACUCAAGACAUGAGAGUAGUAACAUGUACUUGGAGCCAGGGAGGAGACACCUAUCUUUAUGGACGUCAUUCAACAAAAUACACCUUGUCUGAAGAGUUUUCCAAAAAAAGGGUUCCAUGCACAGUAAGUUGUUCUGAGCAGUGCUCCUGUUCUUGGGAUAUAGGCCAGCAGAGGAUCUAUAAUAUCACAGUGACUGCGGAAAACCCACUGGGAAAGAAAACUGCCACGGAUGUUUUUGAUGUAACUUACAGAAUUUAUCCUGCUGCACCUUUCCAGCUGUGGGAAGAAUACACAGAUGCGGAAAUCACAUUAUAUUGGAAACAUCAAAUCAAAGGAAUUGAACUCUUUUGUCAAACUGAACUGCUCCUACCCAAUGGGAAAGUAGAACUGCAUAAUAUUUCAGACACAUAUCUCCAUUAUGGGAGCAUCACCCUGGGUGGACUGCAGCCAUACACUGAGUACAGAACCAGAGUACGCUGUGGGUCAGCUAAGCAUUUCUGGAGGUGGAGUGAAUGGAGUGAAGUCCAAACCAUCAGAACAAAGGAAGCAACUCCAACAGGGAAACUGGACAUCUGGAGGGAAAUCACACCGGUUCAGGGUGGGAGGAAUGUGACCUUGUUCUGGAAGCAACCAUCAAGUUUUCGAGCAAAUGGAAGAAGUAUUUCAUAUGAAGUAACCUGGGAAAAAGUAGAAGAUGGCUCUAAGCCUGAAAGACUUUCCUUUUUAUCAGCCUACAAUAGCACAAGGAUUUCCAUUGAUAACCAUUCCUACAGAAUCAGUAUCAUGGCAAAGAACAGUGUUAAUUAUUCACUUCCUGCAGUACUGAUCAUCCCUAAAGCUACAGGCACCAAAGAACUUAAAGAAGAAGAGGUUAAUGGUACAGAUGAUGGCAUUUUUAUUUCCUGGGACCCCAGACAUAUGUAUGACAGUUAUAUUAUUGAUUGGUGUAACUUUCCGAUGUUGCAGCCUUGUGAUUUGCAGUGGAAAAGAUUUGGGCCCAACGCUUCCAGUGCUCUGAUCAACUCAGCUGCUUUUGUUCCAGGGGUGAGAUACAACUUCCACAUCUAUGGAUCUGUUGCUAAUACAGCCUCCUUACUGGAGAAGAAGACUGGUUAUCUCAGGGAGCUUCCUCCUCUGCUUGAUCCUGUGGUGGAUAAAGUUGAACUGACUUUCAAUGCAGUAACGCUGUCUUGGGAUUCUUACCCCACAAAUGAGUCACAGUCUGGUUUUGUAAGAGGCUACCAUGUUUAUGUGUCACCUGUACACGAAUACUGCAGUUUGAAAGGAUCCAAAAAACAUAUCCUUCCAGAUGAUUCAGUGCUAUGUAAAUACACAAUUGAAAACCCAGAAGAAAAGAGAUACACUGUGAAACACCUUUCGUCAAACACAAAAUACAAACUAGUGGUUAAAGCAUAUACAGGUGGAGGAGAGACUCCCAUUGUUGACUUUAUAUACAUAGACACACCGUUUAACUCAAGCAUGCUGUACCUUCUAGUCCUGCUAGUGAUAGUUCCAUCACUAGUAGCAGCUAUAUGCCACUGGAAGUUGAAAUGGGUGAAGGAGUGCUGCUGUCCUGUAAUACCUAGUCCUAGCAAAAGCAAAGUGCUGUCAUUCAAAGAGUUAAAGAUCAGUUCUGAGAAAGUACUGAAAAUAAGUGACUGCAUUCCUGACAUGCUAGCAGUGGACAAUAAGGCUGAAGCCCAGAAACUACAUCCAUGGACCAAGUCGUCUUCAACACCAACAGAAGAUAAGGUUGAUUGUCACAACUCUUCCUGGAUUUACCCUAACAAAAACGAAGAGAGAAACUUUACACCAACACCUGCACCUCAGACUCGUACUUGGUUUGAAAAUUUUACUUAUUCUUCUCAUCUUGCAGCUGAAUCUGACCCCUAUCAAAUUCUGGAGACAGUAGAAGCAAGCAUGCCAGAACCACCAGUCAUGCUGUACCAGCCACACUACUACUUUGAUAUUUUUAAUGAAGAUGCUGCUGCAUCACCCAGAGAAACAGCUGGCAGAAAGACCAGUCUGAGAUACAUUUCACAAACAGAUGUGCACUGCCUAGGGAGGAGGCUUUGAUUUACUCUCUCCUCCACUGAGUCCACCCCAUGUCUGUUACACAAUGUAAGUAAGAAUUUCUUUAACCACAACAACUUCUUUUGAUGAAGGCUUUCACAAGCCCAACUGUCCUACUUCUGUUUAAUGCUGCAAAGCUCUUGCUGCAGGGCUAGUUUAAAAAUACUGACUUGCAUGCAGGAAUGAUGCGUGCUAUUGUUUCAUCACAAAUUACAGGCAUUACAUAAGAUUUAUAGGCUGUUUCGUGGCCAGUAUUAUGUAGGAGGGUAGAUCACAGCAAUUUCUCUUAGCCUGAUGCAGAAAACUACUGAUUUUGCAGAGAUUAAAAAUUUAUUCAGAAAGUAGAGGGGCUUGUGCACAUGAAUUUAAUUUUUGUUGGCAUUAACCCCUGCACAGAUUUAGCAAGCCCCAAACAACAAGGUAAGCAGACACAGCAGUCAAUGCAUAGGUGUACGAAUCCCAUUUGUGGAGAACAUCGUAUUCAGGUUACGUAUCAGCUACAUCUUCCAACACUACUUUUGCAUGUACUAAAAAAGUAGUAUUUUUAUUACAGUGCUCAGAAUCCCUACAGCUGGCAGUGGUGAAUUUGGUCUCCCAUUUUGAUUUUUGAAACAUUGUACAUUUUUAAUGAAGAGAAUAAUUGGAAUUGUAUCUGAAAGCCUCAGCAGAUUAACUGCCUUAGUGAACAAAGAACCUUUUGGUCUUACCUAAUUAUGAACUCAACUUAAAAGCACAAAAUAUGCAGUUCUCAAAAGGGAAAAAAUGAAGUGUUUUUUGCAAUUUGAUCUUCAGCUAACUUUUAAAAAUGUAGCUACUUCUCUUCCCCCAUGUUUAACUGGCUAAUCACAUUUUAGCUAAGUUUAAACUAAGUUAGUUUAAACAAAGCAGCUCUACACAGAAAUUAGUUUUGAUGCUGACCCACAUCUAGGUUUUAUACUGUUGCUUACAGCUACUGCUGUAAUGUCUGUGAGCUGUGUUGCAACAGGAAAACCAGUAAGACCUUACACAGACUGCGGCAGAGUCUUCAGGCAGGCAGAGGUGAGGCACAAACACACAGGUGGCAGGCUGUGGUUAGAGGUAUCCAGUCAACACACACUGUGCUGUGUCCAUGUGCAGGUCACACACAGAUCUACUUCAGAAGAAAAAAACAAACCAAACCAAACCAAAGCAGCACAGGCCUUCCUUUCAGCCUUCAGACGGUGGAGUAAGGAAACACGGCAGGUCACACUUCACUGAAGUGCAGUUUGACAGAGAAUAGGGAAACAUCCCAGAGAAACUUUUCCUCCCUUUACGUUACUCUCCUUUGAGUGACAGUGAAUUUCAAAGUUUUAUACCACAGUAUACUUCGAACAUUUCCUUCUCCAAAGCGUUUCAUCAUACCGUGUGUACUUGUGUAGUUUAAGAAGUUCACUGCUGGAAAAAAGGCCAAUACACAGAGGCAAGCUGUUUUGCCACUACCAAACUAAAGCUUCCUAGCUGUGUGUUUCAAGAAAAGGCCUGUUUAUUUCACAAGGUCUGAGAGGUAUCCUAAAGCAAGAGUUACACACCUAAGGAAUUCUGAAGCAGAAGUCAGUCAAAAAAGUCAGAUUAUCCAACAAAACAUUUUAAAUUUCAUCAUGAUGCAGCUCCUUAUGCCUGAGGACAGCUGUAACAAAGCACAAAUUCCUACUUUUGAAAAAGCUGCUGUCACUGGGGCAUGGCUGGGGAAAUUCAGCCCCGGAGUGACUGGGCAGGGGUUGGGGGAAGCAGUUAUCAGUUGUGCCUUCCUGAUGGUGGGGGAGACAAGUUGGCCUGUUGAAGAGUUCCCACCUCAAUUCCCUUGGUCUUUCCUGAGGAGAUCCUGCACUGAUGAAGCUUCAUUACGUGAAAGCAUGGAAGCACUGUACCAGGUACCAGCAGAUUGCUUGGCAAGGUGGUUAAGAAGCUAGCUCCUCUCCCUCUAUAAACACUUCUGGUUGCUGGCCCUGUUUCUGGUUGCUGAAACCACCUGUGCUUUAAAGCACACAUGGUGGUGGAAAAUGCCUUCAUGCCAUUCAAAGGGCACUAGAACUAGAAAUAAGGAUUAGAAAAGUAAUUUUUGCAUGGGUGGGGAGGCAUGUAUAAUUUUUAUCUUUUUUAAGACAUCUGUAUUGCAUUAAUGGUUGAAUGGGUAAAAAUGUAAACUUUUAAUUUUUUCGUUAAUUCAGCUUUCACAGCAGUUGUUGAAAUGCUAAUAUUUAAAUCAUCACAUAAUGGAAAAUUAUUCUCAGUAUCAGCAUGCUAAGGUUUUUGAAAUAAAAAUGGUGUACAAACUGUUAAA